AUGCAGGUCACUGGAAUGGAUUUACGAAAACGCGGGUUACAGACUGAUGCCAGCAGGGACGAGGCCGAUGUCCCUGAAAAUAAAGGAGCUGCUUUUUUACCUGCUGACCACACAUGCAAGGGUCUAACUUGGCCGUCCAAAACUGUUCACUUGAGCUCUUGUGUGUUUUUGACAGGUUGCCACGACAAGGCAGUGCUGCUCUAUGAGUACGUGGGGAAGAGGAUAGUGGACUUGCAACACACGGAGGUCCCUGAUGCUUACCGAGGAAGAGGAAUAGCCAAACACCUGGCCAAGGCAGCCUUGGAUUUUGUGGUGGAAGAGGACCUGAAAGCUCAUCUGACGUGCUGGUACAUUCAGAAGUACGUCAAGGAGAACCCCCUGCCGCAGUAUCUGGAACACUUACAGCCUUAAUGCAGGACGCUGCCGAGCCCAGACUGCUCUCACACCAGCAGGCCCCGUCCCUGACUCUCCAACGCGGCCUUUGCUUCUGCGCGGUCUCAGGAAACCCCCCCCACCCACCCCCACACGCAC